AUGGGAUUGUGGGAGGCUUUUCUGAAUUGGUUACGCAGCCUUUUCUUCAAGCAGGAAAUGGAGUUAUCUCUUAUAGGACUUCAGAAUGCUGGAAAAACUUCCCUUGUAAAUGUUGUUGCUACCGGUGGAUACAGCGAGGACAUGAUCCCUACAGUGGGAUUCAAUAUGAGGAAAGUAACAAAAGGCAAUGUUACAAUCAAGUUAUGGGAUCUUGGAGGGCAACCUAGGUUCCGUAGCAUGUGGGAACGUUACUGCCGUGCAGUCUCUGCUAUUGUUUACGUCGUUGAUGCUGCUGAUCCAGAUAACCUUAGCAUAUCAAGAAGUGAACUUCAUGAUUUGCUGAGCAAACCAUCAUUGAGUGGUAUCCCUCUAUUGGUGUUGGGGAACAAGAUUGACAAGGCAGGAGCGCUGUCUAAACAAGCUUUGACUGACCAAAUGGAUCUGAAAUCCAUUACUGAUAGAGAAGUUUGCUGUUUCAUGAUCUCUUGCAAAAAUUCCACCAACAUUGAUUCUGUUAUAGACUGGCUUGUGAAGCAUUCCAAAUCAAAGAGCUGA